CCGAAGGCCGGGGCUGGGGCGGUACCGCGCGGCGGCCACGGUCUCCCGUUAGAGCAGUCCUCGGCGGCUAUGCCGAGGGCUCGGAGCGGCCGGCGGAGCAGGGGGGCCGGCGGGAGGGAGGAAACCUUCCUGCGAGUGCGAGCCAACCGGCAGACCCGACUGAAUGCUCGGAUUGGGAAAAUGAAACGGAGGAAGCAAGAUGAAGGGCAGGUAUGUCCCCUGUGCAACCGCCCCCUGGCAGGAUCGGAGCAGGAGAUGAGUAGGCAUGUGGAGCAUUGCCUUUCUAAGAGGGAAGGCUCCUGCCUGGCGGAGGAGGAUGCUGUGGACAUCGAGCAUGAGAACAGCAACCGCUUUGAGGAGUAUGAGUGGUGCGGGCAGAAGCGGAUAAGGGCCACCACUCUCCUGGAAGGUGGCUUCCGAGGCUCUGGCUUCAUCAUGUGCAGCGGCAAAGAGAACCCGGACAGUGAUGCUGACUUGGAUGUGGAUGGGGAUGACACUCUGGAGUAUGGGAAGCCACAAUACACGGAGGCUGACGUCAUCCCCUGCACAGGCGAGGAGCCUGGUGAAGCCAAGGAGAGAGAGGCACUCCGGGGCGCAGUCCUAAAUGGUGGCCCUCCCAGCACACGCAUCACACCUGAGUUCUCUAAAUGGGCCAGUGACGCAGAGAUGCCAUCCACCAGCAAUGGUGAGAGCAGCAAGCAGGAGGCCAUGCAGAAGACCUGCAAGAACAGCGACAUCGAGAAAAUCACCGAAGAUUCAGCUGUGACGACAUUUGAAGCCCUGAAGGCUCGGGUCCGGGAGCUUGAACGGCAGCUAUCUCGUGGGGACCGCUACAAAUGCCUCAUCUGCAUGGACUCGUACUCGAUGCCCCUAACGUCCAUCCAGUGUUGGCAUGUGCACUGCGAGGAGUGCUGGCUGCGGACCCUGGGUGCCAAGAAGCUCUGCCCUCAGUGCAACACGAUCACAGCGCCUGGAGACCUACGGAGGAUCUACUUGUGAGCUUGCUAACCCCAGCAGGCCUUGCCUCGGGCAGCCCCACUUGCCCCCAGCCUCUGUGACAGUGACCCUCUCCCCUUGUACAUACUUGCACACAGGUUCCCCAUGUAUAUACAUGCACUCUCACACACACACACAUACAUACACACACACACACACACACACACACACACACAACGACUCUGGAGCCAGAGGUGAACCUGAGGCCCAGGCCCUGCCUGCUGGCCCCCACCAGAAUUGAGGACCAUACCUGUUCCAGGCUCUUCCCAGGGUGGGACGGAGGGUGGGGAGAGUAAAGGGGCAAGUUUCCUGAGAUCCAGCCCCUAGACUGACAGACGGACAGACAUGCAAACACCAGACUGAAGCACAUGUAAUAUAGACCGUGUAUGUUUACAAUGUUGUGUAUAAAUGGGACAAUUCCUCCCCCUCCGCCCUCCCUUACCCCUUGGGUUGUAUGAUUUUUUUCUUUUUUUAAGAACACCUGAAGCAGUGCCUCCUUUAGGGUUGGCUGGGGGCUCGGCCCAUCCACCUCUUGGGGUGCCUGCUCCCCUCCCCCCCCCAGCGGUGUCCCUUUCCUCUCCCAUGUGCUCAGUGUUCAGUGGUGUAUAUUUUUUCUCCCAGACAUGGGACACAUGCCCCGAGGGACAUGAUCCUCUCCUUAGUCUUAGCUCAUGGCGCUCUUUAUAAGGCGUUGGAGUGGUGCAGGAAAUGGGAACUGAGCUGAUGCAGGGGCUGAUAUUGGGGCUGGAUGAGGGUGCUCCUGGCUGCCAGCCUUCUGCCAAGAACUAUUCCUGGACUUAAAGCUGCUGUUCCCAGGGAAGAGUGUCUCUCCCCCCCACGUGCCCCAUGGUGUGAUGCUGUGUCUGUAUAUUCUAUACAAAGGUACUUGUCCUUUCCCUUUGUAAACUACGUUUGACAUGGAUUAAACCAGUAUAAACA